AUGGCUUCUUACGUGUUCGAAGAGGGUACUGUCACCCCUCCUCGCCCCGUCCAGAAGAAGCAGCUCCUCGUCAACGUCGUCGAUGGGCUGGCGAAAUUCCAAGCAAAUGCUUUGUACGCCGAGUAUCCAUACUCCGCAACCAGCUAUGAGGCUGGAUAUCGAAAGAUCACCUAUGCCCUCUUCGCUAAUGCUGUCAACGGUCUGGCAUGGCACCUGCACGACAUCCUGGGUCCAGGGAAGGAUUUCCCAACCUUGGCCUAUAUUGGACCCAACGAUCUGCGAUACAACGCUCUGUUGUUGGCAGCUGUCAAGGCGGGAUACAAGCUGCUCCUAUCCUCUCCCCGGAACAGUCUCGCGGCCCACCAGAAUCUCUUCAAUCUCACCAACUGCGAGGUCAUGUUGACCCCCUCUCCAUACCCCCCCGCCGUCACCGCAAUCACUUCUUCCUGCAAGCUUCGCACUAUUGAAGUUCCCAGUGUCGAAGAGCUGCUCACCAAGCAGUACCCUCAUUAUCCAUACAACAAGACCUUUGCGGCCGCGCGAAACGAGCCCCUCGCGAUCUUGCACACUUCCGGCACCACAGGCCUGCCAAAGCCAAUCGUGUUAACUCACGACUAUGCCGCCAGUGCGUAUUACUGGGGUACAAUGGAGUCACCGGAGGGAUACGUUGGUUAUAUGAACUCCCUAGCUGGGUCUCGAUUGUUCCUCAUCUUGCCUCCAUUUCAUGCCGCCGGAUUGUUCACGUCCUUGAUCUAUGGUAUUUUCAAUCAGGUGAAGAUCAUUCAUCCGCUGUCGGGUGCAUUCCCCUCUGCCCGGCUCGUGAUGGAGGGCCUCAAACACACAACUGCGGACGCUGCGUUCCUAGCCCCGCCCUUUGUCGUGGAGAUGUAUAACGACCCCGAGAUGUUCGACUUCUUGUCGAAGCACCUUGAAUCGAUCCUCUAUGCCGGUGGUGCUAUCCCGUCGGCAGUCGGCGAGGAGGUAGCGAAAAAGAUGAAGCUCUGGACCAUCGUAGGCAUGACUGAAGCCGGCGUCUUACCGUCGAUUCGACCCCAGGAAUGGCCCGUUGAUGGCUGGUCGUACUUCAAAUAUGACCCCGCGUCAAUGAUUGAAUUCGAGCAGCGAUCUGAGAACCUGUAUGAAGCAGUCAUUGUUCGACAUCCUGACCCUGAGCAGGAGCAGCCUAUCUUUAAAGUAUUCCCAGAGCUUAAGAAAUGGGGCACUAAGGAUCUCUAUGAACGCCACCCUACCGUACCAGAUGCGUGGAUGCAUCGGGGCCGAGCUGACGACAUUAUUGUCUUCCUGAACGGAGAGAAGACCAAUCCCGUCUCCAUGGAACUCCACGUUUCCAAGCACCCCGAGGUCCGUUCGGCUUUGGUCGUCGGUCAACAGAGACUCGAAGCUGCGCUCCUUAUUGAACUGGAGACGGACAAGCGUCUCACGACAGCUGAACGCGCUGCAGCUAUUGAACGUAUCUGGCCCACAAUCGAGGAAGCCAACCAAGAAUGUCCUCACCAUGCGAAGGUUUCAAAAUCACAUAUCCUCUUCACAGAUGUGGACAAGCCAAUGCUUCGGGCCGGAAAGGGAACUGUGCAGCGACCCGGGACCCUUGCCCUCUACACCAAAGAGAUCGAUGCUCUUUAUGAGGACGCCGAGAAGGCAGCCUCGGCUCUGCCAUUAGGCGUCAAAAGCAGCGUUGAUAUCCAGGACGCGGCAGCGGUCUCGUCCUUCCUCCGCGAGACUAUUCUCGAGAUCACAUCCAACAGCUUCAAGGAUGAUGACGACUUCUUUACCGGUGGAAUGGACUCUUUACAAGCUAUCCAGUUGACGCGAAACGUAAAGCAAGGUCUCGCGCUUUCCGCGUUUGAAAUCACCUCGCUCUACACCAACCCUUCGAUUGCCUCGCUCACAAAGGCAAUUCAAAAUAUCGCAGCUCAGCACAACCUCUCGAAAGAAUCCAGCCAAGAGUCUCGGCAGAAAGAGAUGACGACCAUGCUCGAGGAAUACAAGUCGCAGGUUGAUGUGAUCGCCAAUGCCAAGGAGAGUAAGCCAUCGUCCAACGGUACAUCAAGCCAUGGCCGAGUCUUUGUCUUGACUGGAUCCACCGGUGCUCUUGGUUCCUACAUUCUGCAGAUCCUCUUGGACGAUGCCACAGUGUCACAUGUCUACUGUCUGAACAGAGGCUCCGACUCCCGGGCGCUGCAAUUGGAACGAAACGGGGCUCGUGGUCUUCCAACCGAGUUCCCUAGCAGCAAGGUCACGUUCUUGUCUGCAGACCUCUCAAAAGACAACCUUGGCCUCGAGCCAGAGGUAUAUCAAAAGAUUCGUGCCAGCGCCACGGAGAUUAUCCACAACGCUUGGCCCGUCAACUUCAACAUCGCCUUGUCGACGUUCCGUCCCCAACUCACCGGAGUGGUCAACCUCAUCAAGCUCUCAGCAACUGGCGCUGCUUCCCCUUCAUUGAUCUUCCUCUCCUCUAUCAGUUCCGUGGGUUCCUUGUCCGGACCUCCUAUUCCCGAAGAGGUUAUCACGGAUCUCGCGGCCCCUCUUCCAAUGGGCUAUGGUGAGAGUAAAUACCUCGCCGAGCGUAUCAUCGACCAUGCUUCCACCGUCCUUCCUGACCUCAACCUUAAAUUCGCCCGCGUCGGCCAGAUCGCCGGCCCGGCCGUCAAGCCUGGUUCGUGGAACAAAUGGGAGUGGCUCCCCAGCAUUGUCAUCAGCUCGCUGCACCUUGGCGUCAUCCCCGAGUCCAUCGGGGGCUCCCACGACGAGGUCGACUGGGUUCCUGUCGAUCUGCUCGCCGUGGUGAUUAUCGAGCUUGUGCUCGCCCCGAAGAAGUCAACAGGUGCGGGUGUCUUCCACCCUCACAACCCCCGCCUCACGAAGUGGAGCACUCUCCUCCCAUCUGUAAUCGAGACCCUGUCGACCAUCGCGGAGGCGAAGGGCCAGCCGAAGAUCACGGCCGUGCCGUUCGAGACCUGGUUGCAGCGCGUGCGCGCCUCCGCCGAGAAGGUGCAGGAUAGCGAGCUGGAGAAGAUGCUGGUCGUCAAUCCGGCGAUCAAGCUCCUCUCCUUCUACGAAGGUAUGACGACGGACAUCUUCCCGAAGAUGGACGUGAAGAAGGCCGUUUCGGAGAGCAAGCAGCUCCAGGAGCUGCAGGGCGUCAAGCCGGAGUGGAUGGUGAAAUGGGUGCACGGCUGGGUUGGGAAUUGA